AUGACGAGAGUUAGAUCAAAGAAAGAGAAGUUAGGUGAUAGUCCGCCAGAUGUAUACAAGCACAUCAAGAAGGAGGAUUGGGCCACCUUCAAAGAAAAGAUGACGUCAGAUGUGGCUGUACGAGAGAACGCGCUCGAGAUUACAAAAAAGAACACACAUCAUCAGCACUUAGGUCAAAGGAGCUAUGGGGAUGCAAGAGAGUUGUGGAAGCAGGAGAACCUCAGUCCACCUAGUUUUGAUUCUAGAUCAUCAUCCAGUACACCAUCCUCCUCGGUGUCCUUGACUUUUAACCGGGGUGAUGAUUGGUGGUGCGCCAUGCAAAAGAAAGAUCUUGUUACUAAAGAGCGAUUUAUUCCAGUUGAGGAAACAAAGAUUGCAGCUGACAAAUACUUGGAGUACAAGGAGAAGCAAGCCAAGGGUGAGUUCAUUCCGGUACGUAACAGAGACCCCCUUUUUCUUGUUCUUGAAGAGAAGCCAGAUCAUUCGGGUCAUUGUUAUGGUUUUGGAGGCGUGAAUGUUGGCCAUACGAAGGCGUUUGGGCAUCCCACUCAGCCACCUACUGGGCCAUAUCCUUCUUUUCCUUCACCAUAUGCUGUUCCAUUUCCUUCACAUGUACAAUCACCUACUCAGCCACCUACUGGGCCAUAUCCUUCUUUUCCUUCACCAUAUGUUGUUCCAUCUCUUUCACAUGUACAACCACCUACUCAGCCACCUACUCAGCCACCUGUUAGGCUAUAUCAUUUUUUUCUUUCACCCUUUGCUUUGGCAUCUCCUACACAGCCCACUCAGCCACCUAUUCCAUCAUUUGUUCCACCAUCUGUUGGGCCAUCUGCUGGGCCAUCUGCUGGGCCAUAUGUUGGGCCAUCUCUUGGGCAAUUUGCUGUGCCAUCUCCUACACAGCCCACUCAGCCACCUAUUCCAUCAUUUGUUCCAUCAUCUGCUUCACCAUCUACUGGGUCAUGUCAUGGGCUAGUUGCUUCACAACCCACUCAGCUACGUAGUCCACUAUCUGGAUUUUUCGACACUCAUUCUCCUUAG